UGUCUAGGAGGAUUUUGAGUAUAAAACUACAUCAACUUGAAAAGAACACCAACAAAUAAGGUGGAAGAAUGACAAGACAAGGCAGCACAUCGGUGACAAUACUACCAGUAACGAUGAGCCCCGCCAUGGCCGCUAGAAGCGAGCUUCUCCGGCCGGCAUUUGGUGAAGCAUCUCCUUCGCUAGGACGGUUUGUCAUUAACCCUCACAGCUGCAGCUACAGGUGGUGGCACAUGUUCCUGAUCAUGCUGGUGUUGUACUCGGCAUGGGCAUCGCCGUUCGAGCUGUCCAUGGAGAAGGCAGCCUCCAUUGCUCUUGUUGUCACAGACCUGGUGGUCGAUGUCUUCUUCGCCAUUGACAUUGCCUUAUCCUUCUUCGUCGCAUACCGUGACACCUCCACCGGCCUCCUCAUAACUGACCGCAGGAAGAUCACAAUGAGGUACCUGAAACGGCCGUGUUUCGCUCUGGAUGUGGCCUCGACGAUUCCUUUACAAAUAAUCUACCAGCUUGUGACUGGCAAAAGACAAGGACUGUGGGGGCUCCUCAAUCUUCUCCGUCUUUGGCGACUACGGCGCGUCAGCAAGCUCUUUGCGAGGGUGGAGAAGGACAUCAGAUUCAACUAUUUGUGGACCAGGCUUAUCAAGCUCCUUUGUGUGACACUGUUUGCGCUGCAUUUUGCCGCUUGCAUCUACCUGUGGAUGGCAUUCAACUACAAGAUCAAGGAGCUUACAUGGAUAGGCAGCCAGAUCCAUAGCUUUGAGGACCGAAGCGUGUGGUUUUGCUACACCUGUGCAGUGUACUGGUCCAUCACCACGCUUGCCACGGUCGGCUACGGUGACCUACAUGCCACCAACAUUGGCGAGAUGCUUUUCAGCAUAGCCUUCAUGCUUUUCAACAUGGGCCUCACAUCCUACAUCAUCGGCAACAUCACCAACCUCGUUGUCCGUGAAACCUCCAACACCUUCAAGAUGAGGGACAUGGUGCAGCGGGUGUCGGAGUUCGGGAGAAUGAACCGGCUGCCAGAGGCGAUGAGGGAGCAGAUGUUGGCCAGCGUGCAGCUCAGGUUCAGGACAGAUGAGCAGCUGCAGCAGGAGAUGUUGUCAGAGCUGCCCAAGGCUGUGCGGUCGGGCGUCAUGAAGCACAUGUUCAAGAGUGCUAUCGAGAGCUGCUACCUAUUCCAGGGAGUCUCCGACAGCCUCAUUGUGCAGCUGGUCGCGGAGAUGAAAGCAGAAUUCUUUCCCCCCAAGGCUAAUGUUAUCCUAGAGAAUGAGACCUCGACGGACUGUUAUAUCAUCAUCUCUGGCGAAGUGGAGGCAUUGACAACCCUUGCAGAUGGGACAGAGAAGCAUGUGAAGAGAAUAGGACCUCGGGGCAUGGCAGGGGAAAUCGGGGUGAUGUUCAGCAUUCCGCAACCAUUCACCAUCCGGAGCAGGAGACUCACCCAGGUUGUCCGCAUAAGCCAUAUCCAUCUGCUUCAGGCUGUCCGGCCUAACACCGCAGAUGGGUACAUCGUGUUCUCCAAUUUUAUUCAGUACCUUGAGUCUCUGAAGGUGCAAACAAAGGAUGUGGCUUUUGUCAGCGAUCAUCUUUGGAAUGGAAACUCAAUGGUUUUGAGAAGGGCAACCGAGGUUGCUGUAGAUGAAUCAAAAGAGGCCGCUCACAAAAUGUUACCAUGCAAAGAACCCAAACGGGUUGUUAUUCAUGAGCAACUUCCCAACGCGACUAGCACAGCACUGCAUCCUUCGCCGGGGAAGCUCGUCUUACUCCCAGAUUCGAUGCAAGAACUGAUGAAACUUUCAGAAAAGAAAUUUGGGAAGGCCGUGAGAGGGAUCCUCACUGUGGAAGGAGCCGAGGUUGAGGACAUUGAAGUGAUAAGAGAUGGCGAUCACCUGUUAUUUAGUUAGUAGGAUAUGCCAUAUGCUGUGGCAGAUUGUAAAUGUAUAUGAUAUGAGCAUUUAUAUAUGUUCAAAAAGAUAAUAUUAAUGGCAAAUCGUUGCACUAGGACAAACUUAAUGAUAUAAAAUAGG